GGCAAACAUUACAUGGGUGAAGCAGCAGUAAGCGCCUGAGCUAGACACCGUUCCAGCAGCAAAGAUGGCUCAGACAAACCCUCUGCCUGUCCCCAUGGGCCCGUGGAAGAUCACUGUGUACGACCAAGAAAACUUCCAGGGCAAGAGGAUGGAGUUCACUUCAGCCUGUCCAAACAUCAUGGAGUGCGGCUUCGACAACAUCCGCUCCCUGAAGGUGGAGUGUGGCGCCUGGGUCGGUUACGAGCACACCGGCUUCUGCGGGCAGCAGUUCAUCCUGGAGAGGGGAGAGUACCCGCGCUGGGACGCCUGGAGCGGCAGCAACGCCUACCACAUCGAGCGCCUGAUGUCCUUCCGCCCCGUCUGCUCCGCUAAUCACAAGGAAUCCAAGAUCACUGUCUUCGAGAAAGACAACUUCAUCGGCCGCCAGUGGGAGAUAAGCGACGACUACCCCUCGCUGCAGGCCAUGGGCUGGGCCAACAACGAAGUGGGCUCCAUGAAGAUCCAGUGCGGCGCCUGGGUUUGCUACCAGUAUCCUGGGUACCGUGGCUACCAGUACGUCCUGGAGGCCGACCACCACGGAGGAGACUACAAGCACUGGAGAGAGUGGGGUUCGCACGCCCAGACCUCCCAGAUCCAAUCCAUCCGGCGUGUCCAGCAGUAGCUCCUCACUUUCCAGUACAUCUCUGCAAGGUUUCUAAAGCUCACCGGCUCCCUUUUGGUGCUAAUACUCCCCUCCCGAAAUAACCACCCCUUCUUGUACUGCAACUGCUUAUGGAACAACACUCCCAAACGGUACCAACUGCCACAAUUGCCAAUAAAUGUGACUGAAAGAAAAAGA